CACACCUGAAAAUGCCCGUUCGAUAAUCAAAGAUUACAGCGCAAAUAUCACGAUUCGUCUGAGACUCACUUCCUUCGACUGGUAUGUUUAUCGGCGGUCUAUCAUAUAUAUAGGUUAGAAGUAUGAAGAACUUGAUCAGUAUUUUGAAGAUACUUUUCUUGAAUCACGCGCGUGGACUGUCCUACACCGUGACGAUGACACUCUUGCUGUGCUAUUGUCUUCAUCCGGCACGAUUCGCUUCUCACUACACCUUCAUCAAGACGGAAAAUAUCUAUGGCGAAAUGGAGAGAUCAUAUCCACCGAGGGACAACUCGUGUGUGAUUUCCGUCAACGGUAGACGAUUCUCCCAGCUAUUCUACCCGGAGGAGCAUCCCAGGGAGGACCCAGUGGUGAUGGCACGUCGGCUCGGUAUUUUACCAGGCGGCCAGUGGAAGCCACUUAAUUGCCAUCCCCUCUUCAACGUGGCUAUUAUACUGCCCUAUCGCAACCGGCAGAGUCAGCUUGCUAUUUUUAUGAAUUAUAUACAUCCCUUCCUGCAGUCGCAGAAUCUAGAUUAUCGGAUAUUUGUAAUCGAGCAGAGUCCAAUGCGCGAGUUCAAUCGUGCUAAGCUCUUCAACGUUGGUUACGCCGAGGCCACCAAGAUCAAUGAUUUCCACUGUUUUAUUUUCCAAGAUAUCGAUUUAAUACCACAGAAUCCUGAUAAUAUCUACGCAUGCACCAAAAUGCCUAGGCAUAUGAGCUCCAGUGUAAAUACUUUUCGAUACAAUCUACCUUAUACUGGUCUGUUUGGAGGUGCGAUAGCAUUGACGAGGAAGCAAUUUGAAAGAGUAAAUGGAUUUUCCAAUGUGUUCUACGGUUGGGGUGGAGAAGAUGAUGAUUUCUACAGCCGUUUACAAUCCAGAGGUUUUCAGGUCACACGCUUUGGACCUGAUGUAUCACAGUAUUAUAUGCUGACACAUAAGAAGGAACUUCCCAGUACCACGAGAUUCGCAAAUUUGGAAAGCGGCGCUCGAAGAUAUGAUACUGAUGGACUGAGCAAUCUAGAAUACAGAGUAUUAAAUCAUCAGUUGCGACCAUUAUAUUCUUGGAUUUUAGCUGACGUGUAAUUUACAAGUAUUUUUUUUAUCUAAUAUUACCAUAUAUAUCUCUCUUUUUUAAAAAAUUAAUGCUGACCGUAUAAGUUAUUAUCAUAGCGCAUUACACGUAUUUUUUA